AUGGCUGAAUACUUGAAAAAGCCCUUCAGAGACAGUCUGAGAGACAUAAAAGAACGAAUGAGAGAGAAAAGAAAUCAGAAAUGGACCAGAAUGGGUAAAAUUAGCCAGAACUCCACUGUAAAGUGCAAAAUAGCAACCAACAGCUCCAUGCAAAUGAAGAGCAUCCAAGCGAACAACAGAGCUCUAGCUCAGGCUUUGCAAGAAGAAAAGGUCAAACUGAGGGAUGCCCAGGCUACCAUUCUUCACUUACACAAAGAGUAUCAAGACCUUAAGGUUCAGAUGUUCGAUUUGCAAAGAAAUCUUGGGCUCAAGCAAGCACAAGGACUUGUUGAGAAUCGACUGGCGGCCUUGAAUGAGAUAAUUUCAAAAAUUUCUCAGAAUUUACUGGACACAAUUGAUCUCCUUGGCCCAGCAAAGAAUUUGUGUUCCAUAAGUGCGAAUCAGAGAGUGCUUUCUUCAGUUCUUCAAAAUAGUUCCAAUGUCUUAGGACAAAUAUGUUCAGUAGAUGAUCGAGUACUACCAAGUGGGAUGGAGGCUGAUAGUGAUAGAAAUGAGCUGGCUCAUUCUGUGUCAGAGAUCUGUGAGGAAUCUGAGAAUGCCAUUUCUUUAAUCGGAAUGGUUCCAGACAAAGGACAAAUAUCUGAUUUUCAUACGGACAACAUAGGGUCAGAGCUGGAAAAUGUGUCUUCAAGUGGAGAGGAUGGAUUUGGUAACACGUUACCAAAAACCGUGUCCACCAGGCGUCGCUGUUCAAAGAGGAGAAAUUACGAUGAACUUCGCACUGGUGUUUUGGACCAUCCCAAAGCAUCCAAUUCAACAAGAGAGCUUUCUAAACAGAAUGAAAUUAGACUUGAGGAAAGUCUAGAGAAGUGUAUGGUAGAAAACAUAAAUUUAGAUAUUUCUCAGUCGAAUGAAACCAAGGCAGAUCCAGAGCUGGUGUUGAGGCGGGUAGACUCAGAAACUGCACAGUUCAACUUAAACAAUAAUUCUGACCUUAAACAACGUGAGUGUAAAAGCAAAGAAAACUCUCAAGUAAGGAAAGUGAACCGUCAGAAGGGAAGACUGGAAUGGCCUAAAAAUACUUCCAGACGAAGACCAGAACAAAGACAAGUUAAAGCGGCUUCCAAAGAAAAGUUGGAUUUCUUGGGGGGCUCCAGUGAUGCUUAUGACUUCCAUUUUGAAGAGUGUGUCCAUGUUACGCCUUUUCGACAGCAUAAGAUGAAUGGCACAGAUACUGGUGUGGAUAACAAAGCAGACUUAUCUGAAGCUAAUACCAUCGAGUCGAGUGAUAUCGAAGAAGAUUCAGAUGAUAGCCUCUAUGAGCCUUACAAGAGUAAAUCGAAAAAAAGGAAAAGUUCAGUGGACAAGAAAGAUGCAUUGCCAGUCCAUGCAAGGCCAAGGUCUAAAAGAUGUUUGGCACAGCGUGAGCAGGAACUGCAUAAUGAAAAAGAGACUGAAGGCAAUCAAUUAAGUGACAAGUCUAUUAGGCAGCCUUCUGAGCCAUCUCGUGGUUAUCUUUGUGAUGUUACCAACACCACUUCAUUGCUCCCCAGCGCUGGGAAUAUAACUACUGUCCCAGAAGGUGAAGGACCACGGUCUUCAAAACGCAAGCGAAGCUGUACUCUUACUGUGAGCUAUAAAGAACCAAGUAUUUCAGGGAAACUCAGGAGAGGAGAUCCAUUUACGGAUACAAAGUUUCUGCAUUCCCCAAUUUUCAAGCAGAAAAAAGAUGCUAAAUGCCAUUCUCUUAAGGAAUCUCUGUCAAAAUACAAUGAGAAAUUUGUUGGUUGUUGUUGA